AGAUAGUUAAAUGUUAUGCCCAAACUCCGCAGAGUUUCUCCCGCCAGCGCGCGAGACCAACGUCCCGUUUUCUUUACAGGCGGGCUGCUGAGCGCGGGCGGUGGUGUGGGCGUGGGUGAACCCCGAAACAACAUGUCCCGACUUAACGGGCGUGUUCAUCAUACCGGUCCCCAGCACGCCACUUCCGCCCAGUACCAGGCAGUCCCACAGUACCACCAGGGCGCCCCAGUGCAGUACCAAGGAUCCCAGGGACACCCAGAGGAGUUCGAGCCCUCGUGUCUCGUGAGGACGCCCUCGGGCAACGUCUAUAUCCCGUCUGAUAUGCCCAAGACGUCAACACUGGAGUACAAAGCAGGUCUUCAUUCUCCCAGCCUUCAUAGCCCGGUCAAGAGGGAUCCGCAGAAAGCAAUGGAGGGGUACAACGUGCCGUUUGGCGGAGGUCUGCCGGCGCCCGUGUUGCCCGUCAGGAACAACCUCCGGCGCCCUGGCCCCGGCCGGGUGGGGGGGUCGUCCAGCAGCGCGGGGAGGGGGGGUCAAGGCUCCCCCCACUGCUCCUGGAGGUGCACCGCCAUCAUCUUCAUCACGAUCGCCGUCGUGCUGGGCGCCAUCCUCAUCUACAUUGCAGGUACGUGAGGUUUGCUAUCAGUCGACCGCCCCAACGAACGCAUGUAAGUGUGAAAAGCGUACACGCGCAGACACGUACAUGGAGAUACGUGCACACAAAUCAUGGUGUUCGAGGAAAGAAUAUGUUCUUUGGCCGAGUGGCAUAAAACAAGUUUUUUUUUUUUUUUUAUUAAUCAUUAAUAUCGUGUCUGAUAUAUCACAGCGGAUAUGUUUCCCUUGUAAUCAGGGGGGGGGGGAGCGCAUAAUCUGAUAAGAAAUUGACACAAACGGAAUACAAAAGAGUCAAGGUAUUCAUACACUAAACGUUCUUUUUUUCGCCGAUAAAACAACCCAACUUAACCAAAAAAAAAAAAAAAAAAAA